AUGGCGGACAUUCGUCUCGCAGGAAUAAUUGUGGUGAUUUUGGUUUCGCUUAAUGUCUCGCUUGCCCAGACAGUAUCCACAUCGGACCCAUUUACCGCCAGUCCAGCUGGGAAUGUCAAAUUACCGACUUACCUCUCACCGAACGAGGUCAUUCUUCACAGAGGUCAAACUCAGCACAUCCGGUGCCCCAGCUACAACAAUAACGAACGAUUGCGUCACGUGAUUUGGUUCAAAGGGGAACAACUACUUACCCGCUAUACCGAUCGCAAAGUUGACAGUAGUUAUGCUUCGAGCGAUCGUUAUCGGAUGUCCCACUCGCAUGAUUUGAUCAUAAGUCAUGUCGACAUGAGGGACCAGGGGGAGUAUGUUUGCAGUGUAGUCUCCAGCGCUACUGCGUUAGAGAGGAGGCAAACUAUUUCUGUCACUGUCCUGACUGAUGUCCCGAGCUUUAAAGAGGCCAUGGACCUAACAGCAGGUGAGGUCUACGUACACCGGAACCAGACUCAUCACAUUCAGUGUCCAAGCUACAGGGAAGAGGAGUCCGUGAGUUUGGUCUUCUGGUUCAAAGGAAGCCAACUUAUAGCCCGAUACGCCAACCCAGAAGUUGGUACUAACUUUAUUUCGAGUCGUCAUUACUGGAUGUCCAGUUCAUACGGGUUGGUCAUAAACCAAGUUCAAGCGGCUGAUGAAGGAGACUACGUGUGCGGUGUGGUGCCCAGUGCGACAGGGGUGCAAAGAAAAGGAUCAGUGCGAGUUACUGUGUCAGGUCCCACAUUUCCAAUCGUGGACAAUGCACAGGUUGUAAACAUUCUCGAAAAAGGGCAAGGACACGUGAAGUUGACAUGUCCCGUACUGCGCAUGCACAAACAGGCUGCCACUGUCUACUGGUCCCUUGGCAGCGGAGACACCAUGAGAACCAGCAUCAUCGGUGUGAAGUUCUCUGGUGGGGGAAUCAUGGUUGCAGAUGAUUACCGUGGCGAUUACAACAUCACCGUUGGUGGCUCGUUGGUUUUAAACACAUUAGACAUGCCAACCAGUCGUGUCUGGUGUCAUGUGUUUCUGCAUCACCAAGAAAUGUCUUCUGCAUAUUAUGACGUCAUUGAGACAGAUGAAUCCGAGGCUAAUCAGAGUAUAAUGCCGAGAGAACCGGCCUCAGUUGCAACAAAAUGGACAGAGGAGGGAGGUGUUGUUACUGUCACGGUUCUUCAAGAUCCACCAAGCGCCGUGACCCUGCAUGUCAACACCACACAUUCAUGUGAGAGCGACACGGAGUGCAGCGCUGAUGUCACAAUCGGAAGUCGCUAUCGAUUCGCCUGCAACGCGUCAGGUUCGAAUCCAGCCAGUAACAUCACCUGGCUGAUCAAUACCAAGGCCCGUUCGGGAAUGGGACAGACAGAGAUCCCUCCAGAUUGGAGUCAGUCACGCCAAGAUGAGAGCAACGAGGACUGGGAAACCUCGAGUCGGAUCGAUCUGCAGAUACUUCCAGAGCAUCACCAGGGAAGCAUCACAUGCAGGGCGAUGUUUCCCGACGGAGGAACAGUGUUCAGAGAGAUGACCGUGAAACUGAUUGCCGACGACAAACAUGAGGUAUUGCUGCUCGCCAUCCUUAUACCGACUGCGGUGGCUGUGUUCAUAGUCGGCGUCAUUGCAACUGUUUGCAAAUUGCGGUCAAACAUCAAGCGUGAAAGAGCAAGAAGCUAUAGAGGUAAAGAGGCUGCCAUCGAGAAUUAUUCUGGCAAAAAGCUACCGACUAUUUCAGUUGUUUUGUAA